AAAGGAGCGCGUGCAGGGCUCUCUGGACAGAAGGACGCACGAGACUGCGGAAGAAGAAGCAGAAGAAGAAGAAGACGAAGAACGUGCUGCAGAGCUUUUGGAGACUCCGGCACCGCGUCUUUACGCACGGCGCGCUAUGGACUACUGUUGAGCUCCGAAGCGAAGCAGAAGCAGAAGCAGAAGCAGAAGCAGCUCACUGCAUUGUGUGCUUUUUGUUAAGAACUUGAGUAUUUUUUAAUAUAAAAGCGAGUUAUUUUUGUUGAUAAGAAGAGGAAGAAGAAGAAGAAGAAGAAGAAGAAGAAGAGGAAGAAGAAGAAGAAGAAGUUUCUAGCGCCAUGAAGUUUCUGCUGUUACCGGUUUUUAUGGCUUUUCUCGCCGUCGCCCAAGUGUUCUGCGAAGAACCCGAGCCGAAAGAAGAGUCUGAUUACUGGACGAGCAGCAACCAGAUCCAGGACGGAUGGAUGUCCAGAGAUCCGUUCAGAGAGAUCCUGCUGAGGAUGACGAGGAAGCCGCGGCCGCAUCAGUUCAUCGGGCUGAUGGGGAAACGCUCCAUGGCAAAUGCACAGAUCACCCGAAAAAGGCAUAAAGUCAACUCUUUCGUUGGACUGAUGGGGAAAAGAAGCGAAGAGGAGCCGGAUUCCUAUGACUGGAACACAUUACAGACGUACGAUAAGCGCCGCUAACCUCAUCGAAAACACCCCCAAAAAUCCAGACGCUGCUUUUGUUUUUUCUCCAAACUGUGUGUAGCUGUUAGCCGAAUAAAAAGAGAUUCUGUUUCCACAUCGUAGUGACGUAGCAGUGCUGUACCUGUGCCAGUUUCUUUAAAGGAGGAGGGGGAUUCUCGUUGUUAGCAUUACCUGCCAUCCUGUUGUUGUGGAGCAUCAAAGCUAAAGGCUGAAUGGCUGAAGACUGCACUGCCGAAGUCACUGUAAUAGUGCCUCAUCUCUGUUUUCACUGAUUGUUCUUUAACUCAACACACUCUUUUUAAAGGGCCUCCACCUGGACACAUGGUGUGCGAUAUGACCUGUGUGUAACAGAUAUUAAAAUUAUUUUCUUUACUGGUUCAAAUCCA